AAACUACGUACAAAAUACGGCUGUCAAAAGUGAAGCUGCGCUAUGCGUGUGUUUGUGUUUGAUUCGGAUUGCGUUUCGUUUAAGAGUUGCCCGAGGCGAAUACGAAACAUCGAAAUGAAUUUACGCAAUGAAUGCGAUAUGCCGGUCGAUGCAAACACUUCGCCAAUGCAAUGAAAUUACAAUGCUAACUGUGCGAACAAUACAUACCAGAAUAAAAAUGGGAAAGAUACAAAUGUUCACAAAAUAAACCGUAUUAAUUUUAUGAUCACUCGCAAUGUGAGCAAAUGAAUGAGCGGCAAUAUUGUUCUGCCAAAUAUGCAUAUUUCCUAAACUCAAUGAGGAAAUUUUAUCGGUAUUAUUUUAACAAGAUGAAGAGACUAUGGGUCUUCUGUUUUGGGAAUUUUCCAUACAUAAAUUGUCGCCUAAGAAUUCAAAUCGAUUUUCAAUGUUCGUCUAGCAAUCAUAAACUGUUGGGUAAAAUGCCAUAAAAUGUGUUAUUUAUGACCCAAGCCUCUGUCACAGCGCAGAAUCAAUGGAUUUUGUGUGUGCGAUGAUGAUUCUCUGUUGUCGAUGUUAUUCACUUUGUUUUGUUCCAAGUGCUUGACUUUUGGCGCGCGACGAUUGACAAGGAUUUGAAACUCAAUACAGAGACACACGAACGAGAGCACACUUUGCCCAAUACACCGACGACAGCGGUUCGUAUUACAGCUGCGUCGAUGCGUAUUUGUUUAUACACAAUCUCGCCGAUCCACAAAUUCUGCAUAAAGUCAUAAUACAUCGCACGCGCACACACCAAAACACAGCACAGAACCGAUGGCGUUGAAUCGCCACAGCUAACUCACAAAAAUACUAACACAACGAGACGAGAAUUAGUUUCCAAUACGUUGCAAACACAGCGACUCGUUCACUUGCUUCUUGAACGUUAACCGAGCUAGAAGGAAAAAAUUAUCAUUCGAUCAAAUCGACAGUGUUCAAUCAACAAAAGAACGUGAAAAAAGUCUAACGAAAAUGGCAGAUGAAUGGGACGAUGACUUCGCUCCGGCUGCAAAGCCCAUUUCGGUGAACACAAAAAAGUUCGCCGCCAACAACAAUGAUGAAUGGAAUGAUGAUCCACCACAGAAACCGGCUAACAAACAGAACCAAGGUGGCUGGUCUGGUGGCAACAACAACAACGCCAAGAAGGCAAAUGAUGACGGAUGGGACGACGAUCCAAAACCAACAAACAACCGAAGCACCAACAAUGGUUGGAGUGGUGGAAACGUGAGCAAAAAGGCGGACGAUGGCUGGGACGAUGAGCCAAGUACCAAUAACAAAUCCAACGGUAAGCGUUUAUCGGAUUGGAACGAUAAACCGCCCAAUAAGUUUACGAAACAUUCGAACGGAUGGAAUGGCGGCGGCGGCGGAUCGAAAAACGAUGAUGGAUGGGGUGAUGACAGUUCAUCGAACAAGAAACCUUUCGCCAAUCGCAGUAAUAACGAUCGUGGUGGACGCAAACCAGAUUGGAUUUGCAAUGGUUGUGGCAAGACCGUAUUCGGCAGCAGAGACGAGUGUUAUGCUUGUCAUGAGCCAAAAGGUGAUGCGAAGGAUGCACCCGCUGAUGGUGGCCGACCUAAGCGUGCAAAUGAUUGGAUUUGUGAUGGGUGUGGUGCCAAAGUUUUCGGAUCGAAGACCAGUUGCUUUAAGUGUCAAGCCGACAAAGGUGACUCAAAGGACGCACCACCUGACGAUGGAAAUUCAUCUUCGCGUGGCGGUCGUCCCAAUGACUGGAUCUGCGAUUCAUGUGGCGCCAAAGUGUUUGGCUCAAAGAGCACUUGCUUCAAGUGUCAAGCCGACAAAGGUGACUCAAAGGACGCACCACCUGAUGAUGGAAAUUCGUCUUCGCGUGGCGGUCGUCCCAAUGACUGGAUCUGCGAUUCAUGUGGCGCCAAAGUGUUUGGCUCAAAGACCACUUGCUUCAAGUGUCAAGCCGACAAGGGCGACUCGAAAGAUGCACCGGCCGAUGACGGUGGCAACUCAUUCCGUUCAAAUAAUCGUGAUGGUGGCGAUGGUGGUUCACGGCCCGGUCCAGGUGGCAAGCCAGGUGAUUGGACUUGCGCUUGUGGCGUGAGCAACUAUGCCUCGCGCAACGAAUGCUUCAAAUGCCAAGAGCCAAAACCAGAAGGUGCCGGUGGAGACGCAAAGUUCAACAGCGAGGCUCCGAAAGAGUUCUACAUACCGACGGAAAUCCAAGAGGAUGAUUUGUUCACGGCUGGCAUUUCGACUGGUAUCAAUUUCACGAAGUACAAGGACAUCCCGGUUAAGGUCACCGACAAUGCGCGCAAUUCUCCGCCCAAACCGUGCUCUACAUUCAAGGAUGGUGGUUUAAACGACUUCCUGUUAACCAACAUCGAAAAAUCUGGCUAUAAAACGCCAACACCAAUCCAACAGCAUGCCAUUCCGAUCGUCAAGGCCAAACGUGAUUUGAUGGCUUGCGCCCAAACUGGUUCUGGUAAAACAGCUGCAUUCUUGCUGCCCAUGAUCCAGACAUUGAUGGAAGAAAACGCGCCACUCAAUAUUGGUAAGCCGUACGUUGUGAUUGUUACGCCAACCCGUGAAUUGUGCACACAGAUCUACAACGAGGCGCGCAAAUUCGCACAAGGAAGCAUCAUUAAAUGCUGUCAAAUCUAUGGUGGAACCGCUGCCCGUCACCAAAGCAGCAACAUCAAUAAUGGUUGUCACAUUUUGGUUGCAACGCCCGGUCGUUUGAAGCAUUUCUGUGAGCAGACGUUCGUCACAUUUGAAAAUUUGCGCUAUUUCGUGCUCGACGAAGCCGAUCGUAUGCUUGACAUGGGAUUUGCACCACAUGUCGAAGAGAUCAUGAAAAAUCCAACAAUGGUCGCAACUGGCACACGCCAAACACUUAUGUUUUCGGCUACCUUCCCCGAAGAUAUCCAGCGCAUGGCUGGACAGUACUUGCACGAGUACAUCUUCUUGACAAUUGGUGUCGUUGGCGGUGCAUGUCAAGACGUUAAACAGAAUGUUCUUGCCACAACCAAGUUCGACAAGCGAAACAAGCUAAUGGAGCUGCUUAAUGCAGAAGACCCCAUUGGAACGAUGGUGUUCGUUGAAACCAAACGAACGGCUGACUUCUUGGCAUCGUUCUUGUCGGAAUCAGAGCACCGCACCACAUCGAUCCAUGGUGACCGAACCCAAAAGCAACGCGAAGAAGCACUCGCUGAUUUCAAGGCCGGUAGAAUGAAGGUGAUCAUCGCAACCAGUGUGGCUGCACGUGGUUUGGAUAUUCCAAAGGUACGCCAUGUGAUCAACUACGAUAUUCCUAAGGGAAUCGACGAUUAUGUGCACCGAAUUGGUCGUACCGGACGUGUUGGUAAUACCGGAAAAGCAACGUCGUUCUUCGACGCAGAACAGGAUGCUGAUAUCGUGUCGGAUUUGGUGCGUAUCUUAAAGGAGGCCAAUCAAGAAAUACCCGACUUCCUCGCCAACGGUGGUAGCGGCGGUGGAGGCGGCAGUGGUGGAAACUCGCGCUCCAACUUCGGUGGCACCGAUUUCCGUAACAACGGUUCUUCAGCUGCACCAGCAGCCCAUGGAGGAGGCGGUGAUGAUGAGGAGUGGUAGAAUCGUACCAACGAAAAACAACAACAACAAAAA